GAGGAUGAUGAAGCUGCCUUAAAAAUGGCAGCUCUUGAGCAGCUGCCAGCAUUUCACCGUUUGAGAACUGGUCUCAUGUUUGAGAGUUUUAGUGAAGAUGGUGAAGGCCAUCGUAAGGAAAUUAUCAGAGAAGUUGAUGUUCGGAACAUGGGAAUCAAGCAAAGACAGAAGUUUAUUGAGAAAGUUUUCAAGGUGGUGGAAGAAGAUAAUGAUCAGUUCUUGAGAAAAUUGAGAGCUCGUAUAGAUAGAGUAGGGAUGAGGAUCCCAACUGUAGAAGUUCGGUUCGAAAAUCUGACAGUAAAUGCCGAGUGCUUAGUUGGUGGGAGAGCACUUCCCACACUUACGAACUCAGCCAAGAACUUCUUAGAGGGCAUGUUGGGAAUGGUUGGAUUAUCAUCGACUAAGAAGACAAAACUAACUAUUCUUAACGACGUUUGCGGGAUCAUAAAGCCAUCCAGACUUACCUUGUUAUUAGGCCAGCCUGGAUCUGGAAAGUCUACUCUACUUUUAGCUUUGGCAGGAAGAUUGGACAAGGAACUCAAGGCGACCGGUUCCAUAACUUACAAUGGGCAUUCAAUGGACGAGUUUGUCCCUCAGAAGACAUCUGCCUAUAUAAGUCAAAAUGAUCUGCAUGUAGGGGUGAUGACUGUUAGAGAGACAAUGAAUUUCUCUGCAAAGUGUCAGGGUGUUGGUAGUAAAUAUGAAAUGCUCUCCGAGCUGGAUAAAAGGGAGAAAGAAGCUGGAAUUUUGCCAGAUCCUGAAGUAGAUCUUUUCAUGAAAGCAACAUGUGUGGAAGAUAUAGAAAAUAACCUUCAAACAGAUUACGCUCUGAAGAUUCUUGGUUUAGACAUAUGUGCGGAUACAAUAGCAGGAGAUGAAAUGAUUAGAGGAAUUUCGGGUGGACAGAAGAAACGUCUUACAACUGGCGAGAUAAUUGUUGGACCGAAAACUACUCUUUUUAUGGAUGACAUUUCCACGGGCCUGGACAGUUCUACAACGUAUCAAAUUGUUAAAUGCCUGCAGCAAUUUUGUUCCCAUAUGAAUGCAACUAUUCUCAUGUCUUUGCUUCAGCCUGCACCAGAAACAUAUGAAUUGUUUGACGACAUAAUACUUCUUUCAGAAGGACAAGUUGUCUACCACGGGGCCAGAAAACACGUGCUUGAAUUUUUCGAAAGCUGUGGAUUCAGAUGCCCCGAAAGAAAGGGUGCUGCAGAUUACUUGCAGGAGGUGACUUCAAAGAAAGAUCAAGAGCAAUAUUGGGCUGACAGGAGUAAACCAUAUCAUUAUAUCUCUGUGAAGGAAUUUGUGGAUAUGUACAAGAGUUUUCGGGUAGGCAGAAAACUCUCCAAAAAAUUAUCUGUACGAUACGACAAGCUUACUAGCCAUAAAAAAUCUCUGGUAUUUACUAAACACCUAAUUUCUAAUAUGGAGAUCUUCAAAAUCUGCUUUGCUAAAGAAUGGCUCCUUCUCAAACGCAAUGCCCCCAUCUACAUAUUCAAGACUGUACAAAUUAUUUUCACAGCAUUUGUAGGAACCACAGUAUUCUUCAGAACACGAAUGCACCAACGAAAUGAAGACGAUGCAAAUUCCUAUCUUAAUGCUAUGUUUUUUAACAUCAUUACAAAUAUGUUCAAUGGCAUGUCUGAGCUUCCAUUCACAAUUGCUAGACUACCAGUAUUUUAUAAACAACGAGACCUUCUACUAUAUCCUCCAUGGGCUUUCUCUCUUUCCUCCUUAUUGCUGAGUAUUCCAAUAUCAUUUCUGGAAUCAGGUGUUUGGGUUGCCAUGACGUACUAUGGAAUGGGAUUUGCUCCUGAUGUUGUCAGGUUUUUCAGGCAAUUCCUUAUACUAUUUCUGCUACAUCAGAUGUCAUCUUCCCUAUUCAGAUUUCUAGCAGGACUUUGUAGAUCAACGACUGUAUCCAAUAGCGGAGGAUCACUCACUUUAAUAGUAAUUUUACUGCUUGGAGGAUUCAUUAUCACCAAAGAUAGCAUUCCCAAGUGGUUGGCAUGGGGGUAUUGGUGCUCUCCGCUAUUGUAUGCGCAAACUUCCAUUGUUUUGAAUGAGAUGCUUGAUCCCAGAUGGAAUAAAGUAAAAUCUUCACCAAACCUGGCCCUUGGUGUACUUGAAAGGCGUAACAUCAAGCGCGAAGCGUACUGGUAUUGGAUAGGAGCUGCUGCUUUGUUGGGGUUUUUAGUGCUCUUCAAUUUUUUAUUCACAAUUUCGCUUACAUAUCUAAAUCCUCUUGGCAAGCAUCAGGUUGUAAUACCAAAAGACAAGCUCGCACAAGGCCAAGAGCCCCAGCAUUUCGAUGUAGAAACGGGUGGUUUGGAAAAACGAGGAAUGGUCCUUCCUUUCCAACCAUUGACAAUGUCUUUUACUAAUGUCAAUUACUUCGUUGACAUGCCUCCGGAAAUGAAAGAACACGGAGAAACAGAGGAUAAACUUCAAUUACUUUGUAAUGUAACAGGGGCGUUUAGGCCAGGAGUUCUCACUGCGUUGAUGGGGGUUAGUGGGGCUGGAAAGACGACACUCAUGGAUGUUUUGGCUGGAAGGAAAACAGGAGGAUAUAUUGAAGGAGAUAUUAGAAUCUCUGGAUUUCCCAAAAAGCAAGAAACGUUUGCUCGUAUCUCUGGUUAUUGUGAGCAGAAUGAUAUUCAUUCUCCACAAGUGACAGUGAGAGAGUCCUUACUAUAUUCUGCAUUUCUUCGUCUUCCAAAAGAGGAUGAUAACAACACCAAAACUGCCUUUGUAGAUGAGGUUAUGGAGCUGGUAGAAUUAGAUGGUUUAAGGGAUGCAUUGGUGGGUCUUCCUGGUGUAACUGGUUUGUCAAUAGAACAAAGAAAAAGGUUAACAAUUGCUGUGGAGCUUGUUGCCAAUCCAUCUGUUAUUUUCAUGGAUGAACCAACUUCAGGACUAGAUGCCAGAUCAGCAGCUAUUGUCAUGAGAACUGUACGCAAUACAGUUAAUACAGGAAGAACCAUUGUCUGUACCAUCCACCAGCCUAGCAUUGACAUUUUUGAAUCUUUCGAUGAGUUGCUCCUAAUGAAGAGAGGUGGUCAAGUCAUCUAUUCAGGACCCUUGGGUCAAAACUCUGGAGACGUUGUUGAGUAUUUUGAGGCUAUUGCUGGAGUACCAAAGAUAAAGGAUAAGCAAAAUCCUGCUACAUGGAUGUUAGAAGUUAGCUCUACUACUGUUGAGCUUUUUCAAGGAAUGGACUUUGCAGAAUACUACAAGAACUCAACUCUCUAUGAGAAGAAUAUAUCAUUAGUAAAGGAGCUAUCUGUUCCAACAUCUGGUGCAAAAGAUCUUUAUUUUCCAACCCAGUAUUCGCAAUCUUUCUUUGGACAGUUUAAAUUUUGUCUGUGGAAGCAAAAUUGGUCGUAUUGGAGAAGUCCAGGUUACAACAGCGUUAGAAUACUAACUAGUUUUUUGGUUGGUGUGAUAUUUGGAGCUAUAUUUUGGAAGGUUGGAGGAAAACGGGAUAACAACAUAGACCUCUUUAAUAUCAUAGGGGGCAUGUAUUGUGGAGUGUUGUUCAUAGGAGUAAUGAAUUGUCAAACAGUACAGCCUUUGGUUGCAGUGGAGAGAACUGUUUUCUACAGAGAAAGAGCUGCAGGAAUGUAUUCCGCAAUGGCCUAUGCUUUGGGACAAGUGAUCAUUGAGAUUCCAUACGCCAUUUUCGAAACACUUGUCUAUGCCAUUGUACUCUAUAGCAUGAUUGGUUUCGAAUGGACAGUUCAGAAGUUCCUGUGGUUUUUUUUCGUCAAUUUCAUUACAUUUCUCUAUUUUACCUAUUAUGGGAUGAUGGGUGUCUCAAUCACACCAAACGCACAAGCGGCUGCAAUUGUUUCUGGAUUUUUCUUUAUUCUCUUCGCUUUGUUUUCAGGGUUUUACGUUACUAAAAAGAAACUUCCAAAAUGGUGGGUUUGGUAUUAUUGGAUCUGCCCAGUAUCAUGGACAAUUUAUGGACUCAUCAUUUCACAGUACGGAGACAUAACCGAGCUCAUAGAGGUAGAUGGAAAAAAGACAGGAACGCCGCUGAAUCAGUAUUUAGCAGACUAUUAUGGAUUCGAUAAUGAUUUUAUGGGUGUUGUAGCUGUAGUGCUUUUGGGCUUCACUUUUUUCUUUGCAUUUAUGUUUGCUUUUUGUAUAAAGGUCUUGAAUUUCCAGCACCGCUAA